UUCUCUUCUCUCGAACUCCCAAUAUCAGUUCAAGUUGAAAGUAUGUAAACACAGAGCGUCUUCACUCCGUACAAUAUGUUGACAAAAGCAAGAUGCCAUAAACACCAGGCGGAAGAAAGCAAUUGAAAGACUGGCCAGAGAGUGUUUCAAGCUGCUUGACAAGUAUCGCUCCGAAGUGUACGAGUGUCGGAUCGCUCCCAGCGCAAGUUUUGAAUGCGGAUCCAUACUCUGUGGGGCUCUUAUGAGGGGCAUGGGAACUCUCGGUAUGCUUUCAGGGACAAAGGUCCUCGAGGGCAUGUCUUUGUCAGAAGCAUACAAGAAGGUCAAGACAUUGAAGUCACCUUCAUGGCAGGACUCACCCAGUGCGUACCAUCGUCGGUCAAGAGAACCGCACGCAUGCAAUUUAUCAGAUGGCCUCGCAAUUGCUGCGAAAAAGUUGAGCUCCGAUGUCCAGGGAUUAGAACUUCGCGAGAUGAGGCCUUGACACAAUUACAGGGUACCUUUCGGAAGAGCUUGAAAGACCGGAUAUGAUGAACACGAGAUGUGAGACUUAGACCUAAAUCCAAGAUGAUUAUCAUGAAUUUCUC